AAACAUUCCAGAGAACCAGAGACAUGAAGAUGAGAAAUUUUUGGUGUCUGCUCUUUGUUGUUUCUCUACCUGCAGAAUCCUUCGGUGCAGAAAAGAAGGCUAAGGAAGUGAUUGGAACGCUAGGAAAAUCUGUAACUUUCCAUCUGGAAACGUCACAACAAUUUAGCUUAGUCUCCUGGCUUCAAGUGAAGAGAAACAUCGUCAAUAUUGCUAUACUGGAAACAGGUCAGUCCUGUUCCGUCAGGGUUCUGCACUCAAAGUUUGAGGAGCGACUAAAUGCCUCUAGAGACUGCAGGGGUUUACAGAUCACUGAUCUACAACAAGAUGACUCUGGAAACUACAGAGCUCAAAUAAAGGAUUAUACAGAGGACUUCAGUCUGAAGAUUUACAAAAAUCUGUUGGAGAGUGAUCUGGAAGUCCAAUGUGAAACUAAUACACUCGGUGAUGGGAGUGACACGGUGCUGAACUGUUCUGCAGGCAAGUGGGGAGACGGAGUUCAUUAUAGCUGGACCUCAACGAGCAAGGGUAGAAAUAUCUCCUCACAUGUUAUCCACAGUCGCUUUCAAGAUGGUGACACAAACUACACCUGCACAGCAGAGAAUCCGGUCAGCAAGGCCUCCAGGACAAUCUCUGUCAAGGAGCUCUGUGAAGGUAACACUGGGGUUUUCAUGAGUAACCCACUUUCAUAUGUGCUUAUGGGAGUUACAAUUGCAGCACUGAUUGUUGUGAAAGUGAUAGUCAAUGUGUUUGUUUCUGUGAGGUGUUUUUCUGGCACCAAGCAAAGAGAUACCCCAAGAAGAAGAGGGGAGAGUGUGGCACUUGGGAGGAGCAGAAGGUGAGAGAGCUUCAACUGAUCUGUUGUAAUUUCCUUCAA